AUGAUGCCUCAUAGUUUCCCUAAAAUCAAUGGCCAGGCCCCUACAUUCCGUGGCCUCACAGCCCGAAGCAUCCCGGAAAACCCUGAAGUGCAGCGAGAGACCCUGCGCUUACUGCUGCAAUUCUCAGCUGGCUCACAAUCUAAAAGUUUCGAACCAAAAACAUUCCCCAACCCUAAGGCGGAAGAGGAACAAGGACGUGAAGCUUCACAAAGUGAAGGCCAACAGAGCCCCGAACCUGCGCUUCUCUCAUCUAGCUCAUCACAUAGCACAUUUACAUCUCAACAUAACGUCGCCCCUUCCCAAAAUGAGACGCCUCUCACUUCUUCCCGUACGCCGGUCGUUCCUUCCCCAAGUAUCUCCCAAGACCGGGACAGCCGCGAGACGCGUUCUAACUUGAGAAAACAAAUCGCGCUCACCAUUGCAAAGAACGAUGUGUUGGAGCUUCCCUCUCAAACCCCGCCUCUCCCCGAUACCUUCUCAAUAGGGUCGCAAGACUCCAACAAAUCUCUAUCGAGAUCCACAUCUCCGAUGGAUCAGCUCUAUGUUCGUCGCUCUAGUCGCGCUAGAGUUCAGCCAUCAAACUAUUACGCCCGCGUUAGAAUUGGCUCUGAAGAGCCCUCUGAGACUAAUUGUGACCCACCAAGGCAAAUUGACACACUCUCAAACUUGCCUCCUCAACAACCGAGUCGCGCUGUGCCACGUCGCACAAAUACUCAAAAGCUUCUUUUUGGCCGUGAACUUGGUAGACAACGCCCUGUUGAAGUUGACAUGAUAUCAGAUCUAAAGCCAUGGAAGACUUGGAAUGGGGCCUCUAAAGAUCUUCUUGUUUUGGCAUGGUCUCCCGAUGGCACUCAGUUUGCGGCAGGGUCUGCUGCUGAUGUGGACGAACAUAACAUGCAGUACAAUAAAAGGAACAAUCUGGUCCUUGGCAAUCUUCAAACCAGCUGUUUGAAGGAACUGCCGGACCACUGUAUCCCCCGACCCACAUACUCUCCUGUGAAUGAUCCAUACCUAUUUAUGAGCAUCACUUCUAUGCAGUGGGUAGGAAACAAGCUGUUUACUGCCAGCUGGGAUAAGACUGUCAAGAUCUGGGACACUUCGCGGCCAACGACUCCGUGUGUCCAGUCUUUACAGCAUGACUCUCGGGUUGAAGUCAUGUCUGUCUCAAAAAUCCAUCCUGGAAUUUUAGCAACUGGAACAAAUUCUAUCCAACUUUGGGAUACCAGAGAUCCCACAAAUGUCACAUCAACGGCGCUCCCUUUCGAUCGGGAUUCUCGAUACAAGGCAGAUGCUGAUUUUACAUCAACUGUCCUAGCUUGGGGACAAACUCCGUCCACCAAAAAUUUUUUAGCCGGAGGUAUGGCUGAUCUUAGUGAGGAAGUGAGCUACAAGGGACACUUGGGCUUAUGGCAAGCUCGUGAAUCAGGUUUCGAGUCCCUCCGAACCUCAUCCUCACAAAAUGUCUUUGAUAUCAAGUGGCAUUCAUCAUUGCCACAAUUUGCGACAGCUAGCCCUGAAAGUGCACACAAUGCACGAAUGAAAGGGAUUGGAACUAACAUUAAAUCUAUUGUGCGCGUAUUCAGUCUGAAUUGUGAUUUUUCAAAGCGUGUGUCAGCUAUUAUGGAAUUUUCCUGUCCGGCGCUCGAUGUUAACGAGGUGACCUUUUGUCCGACAGAUGCGACUAGCACCUACGUCACAGCUAGCUGCACAAAUGGUGUGACCUAUGUUUGGGACAGUCGCAAGGGUGAUCAAAUCCUUCAUCAGCUCCGUCAUGGAGAACCCGCUGUUCCCAUUGAUCAUGAAAGAAGUCGAGAUCUAGCGGAUGUCGGCGUGAGAGCCGCGUUAUGGGGUGCGUCGGUUGACCAGUUUUACACUGGUGCCUCAGAUGGUGUGCUCAAACGAUGGGAUAUCCGACGCUCACCUGAGGAUGUUCUUCUUGAGAAUACUGCCUCUUUCGACACGGGGAUUAUGUGUGCUGAAUUCUCCCACGACAAAUCUCAUCUUCUUGUUGGGGAUUCGGGAACGGGGGUUCAUGUAUUGUCCUCAGGGCCUUGCGGAGACCCUGAAAUCACAAACUUCAGAUUCGAGGCUGCUCCAGAACCCCCAGAGGAACAGGUAGAUGGUAUCGAAGUUGCCAAUGAUCUCAUAUCAUCUGGUCAACUUGUACGACAUGAACUAUUUGGUGUAGGCCAAGGUCCCGCAUACGUUGGACCUUUUGCUUCAUGGGCCCGCGAGACUGAUGGUAACACCUCCCAUACUCAGCUGGGGGACAUCCCACUACUUCAGCACUACCAAGACCAACAGCUCGAUGGUCCGCCUGUUCAAGACCGUCCUACCCUUGAUGUGAAUCAACGCCGCGAGGUUCUAAAUCAAAUUAAGAAUGCUCAGGUGCGAAAUGUUAGAUUUCCUUCUACGCCACUCCACAGCCGCACCGAAAGCUCUGCCGGUCGUCGAUAUCAGACAAGUUCCUCGCCUGUACCUUCUCCGAAUCUUUCUCUUCCGAGUAAGAGAAAGAGAAGCCAGCACAGAGAUGGUGGGCCUCGCAGAAAGAAAAGGAGAUCUAUUCUAGAAUUAUUGAUCACGAACAUCGAAAGCGUUGAUUUGACUCUCGACUCGGAUGAUGAAAUACCUAGUGAGGCCUCGGGUUUGAGUCUCACGGGGUCACCUUCUAGGUUCAACCUUGCCGAACUCCAGGAGGCCCUAGAAGAGGAUCAUUGGUGGCCGAGCAGUGGGACUUAUGAUCCUAAUAUCCAACAGGAGACAGUCUAA